AUGAGUGAGGAAAACCUGGAAUUUUUCGUUGAUAAGCAAAGGAGCGGAUAUGAGCCAGAGGUAGAGUUGCUGCUGCUGCACGAUGAAGAGGAAGCAGAAUUGAGUAAUCGAACUGGUGAGGAUUGGAAUGACAAUGAUAAUAAUAGUGGAUCCAAAAACAAUAAAAGUCCAAAGCUUAACCGAGGUCAGGAAUUGGACACCAGUGAGUUAGGUUUAGAAAUCACCAAAAAUGAGCAGGUUCAUCGAGAAACAAUCUUGCAAGGAACUAAUAAUGAUGACGACGAUGAUAAUGACGACGAUGAUAAUGACGACGAUGAUAAUGACGACGAUGAUGACGAUGACGAUGACGAUAUUGUUUCCACCUCUUCCUCAGACAGUUUGACUUCGUCGGAAGACGAAACGGAACCACCAAGACUCAAAUACUCGAGAAUAACCAAACUCCCGUCAAAUUUUUUUCACAAGGACCCUAUUUCAACAUCAUUGUUUCUGGAAAACUACUUUAUAUUUGCUACACAUUCAGGUAUGAUAUAUAUUUGUAAGCCUGACUUUGAGCCUAUCCGUACUUUAAAAGCUCACCGUGCUUCAGUUUUAAGCCUAUACACUGAUGGGAAAUUUUUCGCACUGGCUUCAAUGGAUGGUACAGUGCUCAUUGGAUCCAUAACUGAUGUAGAUGAUAUAAUAGCUUAUGAUUUCCAUCGUCCUGUUCACUGCAUUAUAUUAUUGGAAAACUAUGCUAGUAAACGAUCAUUCAUUACUGGUGGUAUGAGUGGAGAGAUUAUAUUCCUGACCAAAGGCUGGCUAGGGAAAAAGACUGAUUAUAUAUAUGCCAAGGGCACUGAAAGCAGUGGCCCCAUAGUUGGAUUGUACAACAUUGGCGACGACUUGAUAAUUUGGAUGAACGAUGAAGGUAUCCAUAUUUUCCAGUUGAGUAAUCGAAAAUUGAUCAAAAUUCUUGAAAAACCAAAGGAUUCUCCAAGGAGCGAUUUGUACUGGCCAAAGUUAAUAGUGGAAGAUCCUGAUAGAGUGGUUAUUGUAUGGAGUAAUUAUAUUUGGAGCUUGAGAGUCUCCAUAAGGCAAAAGGAUGAAAAAGAAGGUGAAUCUUUAUCAUCAUCAUCGGCAGCGGGAGCGGUACAGCCCCUUCCUCCGCUACAACAACAACAACAACAAUCUUCAGCAAUGAGUCGUAUUUUACCAUCAACAGCUUCUAUUUCCUUCCGCUCAGUUCAAGAAAAGAAAAUUGAGAUUGAACACAUAUUCAAACUAGAGGAUCUAAUUUGUGGCAUAGCAAGUUUUAAAGAUGAUUUAUGGAUGAUAUUAACUUAUAUACCACCAACACCUACUCAAGGCAAGCCACUAUAUCAUAACCCCGAGAUUAAACUAAUUAAUUCAAUGACAGGGGAAGUUGAAUUUGAACAAGAAUUAGGGUUGAGAGAUGUAGCCAAUCUUGGAUUAAAUGAUUUUAAAUUAGGGUUUCAUAAUGAAACGGUAGCCAAGUAUUAUAUAAUUAGUGCUAAAGACGGUGUAAUUGCUGAAGAAUAUCAAUUGGAUGACAGGCUACAAUGGUAUUUGGAUAAGGAAAAUUACUUUAAGGCUUGGGAAUUGGGACAACAUUUGGUAUCACCAGAAAAAUGUCUAAGUUAUGGUGUGCAGUAUGUUGAUUUGUUAAUUAAAGAUAAUGAAUGGAUGAAAGCAGGUGAUUUUUUAAUUGAUCUAUUGCCCUUUAGGGAGAGUUACAGAGAAGAUGGUUUAAGUAUGGGGAGUGAUAAAGAAGGGGAAGAAGCGGAAGAUAUAGUGAAGGAGAAGAACAAGGAAAAGGAUCAGCAGCAGCAGCAGCAGGAGGAGGAGGAGGAGGAGGGAAAAGAAAACGACGAUGAAAAUGAAAAUGCAAAGGGUGGAAAAGAGUGGAUUAAUCAGUGGGAAAGUUGGGCGUAUAUUUUCAUUGAUAGUGGACAUAUCAAGGAGUUGACUAAAGUUAUCCCUCAAUCUCAACUACUUUCUACAGAAAUAUUUACUAAGAUAUUAAUGUAUUGGACUAAUACUGAUUUAAAGAAAACUUGUGCAUUGAUAAACGAAUGGGAUUUACAACUUUAUGACUUGGAAUUUAUUCAAGCUAAACUUGAAAGUAGAGCAUCUCAAUAUCAUGAUGGCCAUGGCGAUGGUAGCAAUGAUGAUGAUGAUGAUGAUGAUGCUGUUGUUGUUGUUGAUCGAGAUUUGGAAGAGUGUUUAGUUUCGCUUUAUGAGAAAUCGAUGCAGUACUAUAAAGCAAUACCGCAUUUAGUCAAUUUGAAAGAUAAACAUAUCGUUUCAUACUUGGAUAAGAACCAUAUAUUAUCCAAGUUCAUUUCCCAAUUGCCCAAAUAUAUUGAACUAGCUUUGGGUGAUAAAACUGAUAUUAAAAAUCUAUACAUACUCCCAAUUAACAACCAAUCAAGACCAGAAGCUCUUGAUGAACAAGAAGCUAUCAUUCAACAACUACAACCCAAACUCACACCAAUUGUAAAUGUUUUAAUCAACCAUAGAUUAGAGAUCUCACCUCAUGAAAUUGUUUCAUUAUUUAAAGAGUCCAAAUUACCAAUAAUGAAUUAUCUUUAUUUGGCAAAGCUCAAAACUGUAGAUGAAUUACAAAUCCAGGAUUUUGGUAACGAAAUGGUUGAAUUGUAUGCCAAUUUCAAUAGAAGUUUAUUGUUCCCCUAUCUUAGCCAUAAUGAAAACUAUAAUGUCGAUGAAGCAAUUGAAGUUUGUCAAUCAAAAGAAUUGUAUUCAGAAUUAAUCUAUCUUUUAGGAAAAAUUGGUGAGAAUAAAAAAGCAAUCAAUCUAGUUAUUCACAAACUCAAUGAUGCCAAAUUAGUUAUUGAAUUUGCCCUGAGAUUAAAGGACCAGGAUACAUGGAAUAUGGUUUUGUUGGAAUCAAUGAGUCGACCACAUUUUAUUAAACAGUUGAUUACCCAAUGUGAUGCAGAUGAAUCACUAGGGCAAUUUUAUAACCCAAUUACUAUCCUUUCGAAAAUGGAUAAACUUGAGACUAGUGAUGAUGAGAGUCUCAUGAGAUUGUUGAAAAAUUCCAUAGUUGAAUUUGAUUCAAGAAAUCAGUUGAAUAAAUUGAUAAAUCAAAUUUUGUUGAAUAUGAUUUUGAAGCAAAGCUGUGGGAUUGCACAUUUUUUAAAGAGUUCAUUGUUGAAAGGGAUUGAGGUUGAGUUUGAGGAGGAAGCACUUGAUAGGAAAGAAUGGGAUGAAAUUAUUCAAAAAUAUGAACCAAUUGUGUUGUGA